AAAGUGCGGAUUAUUUUAUUCCCUGUCAUUUUAUUGGCAGCGCAUGUACAUUUACGGGUCAGUCAGAAGUGCGAAAUUGAAUAUUAGCCUACUGUCCAUACUAUUAAUCGAGUCAUUCAGACGUUGCCAGAGACAAUAGUAACUUUCAGAGAGCGUCCAGUCACGUAAGCUAAUUCAUCUACACGAGCCAAUCAAUGACCAGUAGACCUCCCAAGCCCCGCCCCCUAUGCUAAUACGAGUCCUUCCUUGCUGAAGUGUCUCGUUAAAUGGGAGCGCGUUUGCAUGGUGUCUACAGGCACUGUACUAUCACACACCAGAGGAGUGUCUGGAACAUACUUUGAGUUACUUUAUUUGAAAUGCAAAGCUACUGAAGACCAGAAUCAAGAUAUUUUUGCAGGAUUUUAUUGUGUGAACUUCGCUGUGCUGAAAUGGGUGGCCAGGUAACCCGUACCUCUUUAGACGGAGGAACCCUUCGCUGCCAUCCCUUGAAAGUGAACAUGUGCCCACAGCUGCCAGCAACCCCGCCGAUCUGUUUCCACGCCAACACGAAAGGGUCUCAAAUCGUGAUGGACAAGAUGCAGCGCAGCGUGUGCCGAAUUGCCAGCUUCUGUAAUGCCAUCACCUUCACCAACCGGCCAGUCAGAAUUUAUGAACAGGUUCGGCUCAAGAUCACAAAGAGACAGGGAUGUUGGAAUGGUGCUCUCCGAGUGGGUUUCAGUACGGUGGAUCCAUCUGAUUUAAGUUCAGCAUGGCUGCCACAGUUCACCUGCCCAGAUCUAGUUAGCGAAAGGGGAUUUUGGGCCCGAGCGCUUCCUGAGGAACAAUGUGAAGAAGGAACCAUUCUGUCCUUCUGGUUGGAUAACACAGGGCGAGUGUUUUACCGGGUUAACUCCGGCCCUCCGAUCUUCUUCUUCGGCGGUGUACCAGCCGGAGAGCUGGUUUGGGCGAUCAUUGACAUUUACGGGCUGACACGUGGAGUACAGCUACUUGACAGUAAGAUGGUGCCACCUGAAUAUCUCUGUCCUACUGUGACUCAUGAAGGCAUGGAUGAGUGGCAUCUGUCAAGCAGCUGCUCUGAGCUUGACCUCCAGGAAGAUCUGCCAUCCUUCUCAAAUUCUCCAAACGCUCUAAACUCAGUGCUGUCAUGUCAGCUCAAUGAUGACUUGCAUUUCCAUUGUGUUCAUGGCAAAGGUCUGCGUCUGCUGACUGAACACAGAGUGGUGCGUUGUUAUAACAGACGUGAGGAUUGUGCUCUGGCGUUCACUCAUCGGCCGUUGCGCUGUGGAGAGUGUGUGUUCCUGAAGGUCUCGUUGAGGUCUUCUGCUCUGAAUGGAUUUUUGUCUUAUGGAUUCACUUCCUGUAACCCAGCCCAUAUUAACCCAAAGCACCUGCCGGUCAAUCCAGAUGACCUGAUAGACCGCAAAGAAUUCUGGGCUUUUAGCUGCCUGACUUCACCGCUUGUGGGUGGGGAUGUCAUCGGUUUCCGGGCAACUGCAAAAGGGGAAGUGCUUGUGAGUCAUAAUGGAGGCAGGGCCUGCAGAGAGAUAUGUGUGGAUAACUCCGCUCCUCUGUGGAUGAUCUUCCACUUACAGCCACACAUCAAGCAAAUCAGCAUACUAGGGACUUCCAGUUGUGACUCUCCAUCAUGUUCAGAAGUACAGAGGUCCAUCUUUACUGAUGCCAGUCACCUCUCAGCCAAUCAGAUUACCAGUACAGCAGUCAGGGGCUUUAUGGACGGCUUUCAGUCCCACCCACAGUGUCUCAGCAGUUCUGCAGGGAAAACAUUCAGUUCGCUGUCCUCAGAAUCUCCCAGUACCCCUUCAUGCUGUGCGAUUACUGGUGAGCCGUGUUUGAUUUGCUGUGAGAGGGCAGUGGACUCGGUGCUGUACGCAUGCGGACACAUGUGCAUGUGCUCCGUCUGUGGUGGGAAGCUAAUGGAGAUGUCAAACCCGUCUUGCCCCAUGUGUCGCAGCCCAAUCAGAGACAUCAUCAAAAUAUUCGGCAGCAUGUAACCUGGAAACCACCUCUCUGACAAAUAGGAUCCCAGUACCUGGGUGAAUCUGAAGAGGCUCCCUUACAGGUCACUAUCUCGUUCCCACAAUUCCAUUUAAAAGACUGCUUGUUUGAGCUCAGCAAGGAAGAGGUACUAAUGACUGCUUAAUGUACUAAAUGUCUGACCAAAAAUGCUGAGAAAACCCAAAAGUAACUGCUUAAGUGAAUGGCACAUCCCAGAUACUAUAAAUCUCUAUUGACAAAUGGCAAGAUAUGCAUAAUGGAAAAUCAAGCUACUAUGAGACUUAUUCUGAUUUUCAGUAAACUAGUAACUUCAUGCAAAACUGUUCACGUUUUAAAAUGUUUGUUCCCACACUAUCUAUUCAUAUUUACUUGUAUGAACUUGUAUAUGUUCAAUUAAUCCAGAAUCAGAAUCUGAAAACUCCACUGCAGAUUUGAUGUGUUGAUAAAUGUAUUUUUUACAAAACAUUAAACAGAAAAACAAAAAAAAUGUUUUAUAUACCAAAGUAGACAUUCACAAAAUUGUAAUAAGUGCCAAUAACUGUUAUUUAUGUUCAAUGUGGAAUUAAACUAAAACUGUAAUGCUACCCAACAGAAGAGCCUGU